UCCAAAUUGAACCUUUGUGACCGUUGUGUUUGUGAUCGUGAAACCACUCGGAGUUUAUUGAGAGUUGUUUACUGAAACGCCUGUCGGACACUUCUUUAGGUCAUUUAGGUUCUCUGUUUGCGUUAGAACAAUCUUGCGUAAAACGAGCGCUUUAUGAAAUUGCUAAAGGUAACAGAUGAUAAUAGUCGGCUAAGUUAGCUAAGCUAACUAGCUAGCUUGAAGCAUGCCGAAUUUUUGCGCGGCCCCGAACUGUACACGGAAGAGCACACAGUCAGACUUGGCAUUUUUUCGGUUUCCACGGGACCCAGAGAGAUGCCGAAUCUGGGUAGAGAACUGCCGCAGAGCAGACCUAGAAGCAAAAACAUCAGACCAGUUGAACAAGCACUACAGAUUAUGUGCCAAACACUUCGACCCAGCGAUGGUGUGCAAAACUAGCCCCUAUAGGACUGUGUUGAAGGAUACAGCCAUUCCAACCAUAUUUGAUCUGACAAGCCAUCUAAAAAAUCCUCAUACCAGACAUCGGAAGCGGAUUAAAGAACUUACUGAAGAAGAUUUGAGGAAGAUUAAAGAAAGGAGAUUGGCGUCAUCUAUCGAACAGCUUGCUUCCAAAAAAGAUGCAGCGGUUGAGGACGGCACAAGCGCCACUGAGGAUGAACCUCAACUGUCCACCGAGGAGAAGGGGUUUCGUGAAUACCUACGAUCAUUGUUUGAGGUUGUGGUCAUGUUAGGAAAACAGAGUAUCCCAUUAGCUGCUGGCAAAGCAUCAGAAGCUGAGUACCUGUCAAACAACUUCCAGGCCCUUCUCGAUUACCGCAUGAAUGCUGGUGAUGAAGCUUUGAAAAAGAGAUUUCAGUCAACGGCUGUGAACACAGAAUACAUCUCUGCAACCCAGCAGAGCCAGCUGUUGGACAUCUGUGAGAACACAGUGAGAGAGGAGAUGCUAAUGGAGGUGAGAGAGAGCCGCUUCUUCUCCCUAGUGACGGGUGACCUUGUUGAAGUUGCCAACGAGAAGCACCUGCCUUUAUUUCUACACUUUGUGGAUCAGCACAAUGUCCUUCGAGAAGAGUUUUUGGACUUUAUGUCUUUUGAUGGUGAUGAGUCUGCACUGGUAGAGAGGCUGGAAAGCCAGCUGACUGAGCGUUGGGGGCUCAGCAUGGAGGACUGUCGUGGUCAGGCCCACAAGGCCACUGGGACUUCCACCACCAAGAUGAAAGCUGUCGCAGUAUUGCUGAUGGAGAAGUAUCCUCUGGCGUUGCACAUGCCUUGCUCUCAUAUGGCACUGAACGUCCACCUGGCCAACACUCUGCCUUUUCCCAAUGUCCAAGUCGUCAUGGAGACUCUGAGAAAGAUUGGCGCUUUCUUUAGAACCCCGUUUACACAGGAUGAACUUGAAAAAGCUAUCGAUACUCACUACCAGAAAAAUGAAGAGAAAGGAGCUACACUAAAACAAGCCUGUGGCUCAGGAUGGACAGAGCAGCACAAUGUCUUCGAUGUGCUGCUAGAUAUGUUGCCGCCCCUGCUAUUGUGCAUGGACAACAUUCGGGACAAUGACGAUGGAAAGUUUGCAGACACUGUUACAGCGAAGGCAUAUUCAGUCACAGAAACUCUGUCUGACUUUGAGAUCAUCGUCACCGUCGUCAUCUUAAAGAAUGUUCUCACGUUCACCAGAGCCUUUGGGAGGAAUCUCCAAGGGGAAACACUUGAUGUGUUUUUUGCUGCCAACAGCCUAACUGCUGUCCUACAUUCACUAAACGAGGUCAACGAUAACAUUGAUGUCUACCAUGAGUUCUGGUAUGAGGAGGCUGUGAGUGUGGCCAAUGUAAUGGAGGUUCCUGUGAAGGUGCCGAGGCUGUUUCUAAGGAAACAGCGUGCAGCCGAUGUGGGUGAAAUCCAAGCAGAGGCGUAUUUUAAGGAGUAUGUGACCGUCCCCGUUAUCCAUGGCAUCAUGCAGGAGGUGGAGGACAUGUUCUCAGAGACCAACCUCAAAGCUCUGAAGUGCCUGUCGCUGGUCCCAGCUGUCAUGGGGCAGAUGAAGUUCAACACCACCGAGGAGAACUACGCAGACGUGUACCGCAACGACCUCCCCAGCCCGGACACACUUCCCGCAGAGCUCCACUGUUGGAGAAUCAAGUGGAAGCACAGGGGCAAAGAGGUGCGCCUGCCCACCACCAUUCAUGAAACCCUGCAGCUGCCGGAUGUCAAGUUCUUUCCCAACGUGAACUCAUUCCUCAAGGUGCUCUCCGCCUUGCCAGUGCUGAAACUAGAGGACAACAGAAGUGACAAAGCGAAUGAACGACUGCAGGUUUAUCUUGACAGCGUGCCCGCUAAGCAGUGGAACAAAAGUCUGGCGAUGCUUAACGUUAACACUCAUGUCAAACAUGACUUGGAUGUCAUGGUGGACAAAUAUUGCAGACUCUAUACGGAGGACGAUCCUGAAACUGAGGCUGAGGCUGAAGCUGAGGCUGAAGCUGAAGCUGAGGCUGAAGCUGAAGCUGAGGCUGAAGCUGUGGCUGAGGAAGAAGCUGUGGCUGAGGAAGAAGCUGCGAUCAAGUGAUGUGACACAAACACAGAUCUCGCUCAGCUGUUCUGGGACCAAAAAAAUGAAUGCAACAGAAAUGUUGCCAGUCAUAAACACAUCCUCAUUUGGUCGCUCAUUUAUGUUGUUGUGGAUGUAUAUGUAUUUUAAUGCUUUUGUUAAGAGGUGAUGGAUCCCAUUUGCUCAGUCCCUGAGGAUUCCAAGAAAAAAUAAAAGACCCUUGUUCUUAUUGUAUGAAAAAAAAAAAAGUGAAUAAGUAAGCAAAUCUGCUAGGAAGAAAGUGCCAUAAACGGCUUAUUUACUGUUAGCUUUCCUUUAUUAUGUGCUUUAAUUCACAAGAUGAAGGCAAGUCGUUUUGUUGAUAUACAGCACAUUGAUUCCUUCCCACUGACUAUGACGCAGGAAGAGCACAAGAGGGAGCAGUAACACCAAUAUCAGCUGAAUACAGGCUCAAUUGGAGCCUUGUUUGUUUUUAAACAAAAUUGUAUACUGCUAGUGUGACAUAUUCUGAAUACAAAGGCCAAUCUGUUGAGAGUUCACCUCUUUAAAGGGUACGUUCAGAUAGAAACAGCUCAAGCAAGAAAAAAAGUAUAGGAAAUUGGACACAACUCUGGAUGUCGCAGUAAAUCAAUGUUAUUGUUAUUAUUUAUGCCAAGACAGUUCUCUUUUUUUCCACCGAACAAAGUAGUCAUUAACAUGUCAUAUUUUACAUAACUUCCACAAUGUGAUUUCUGUUUGGUUUAAUAAAAAAAAUGGUAAUGAAAGCAAA